AGGGGGUUAAAUGCAACAGGGGCUCUCGUCUCCCUCACCUUCCCGACGGCGAUCGGGCCGCCACAUCCUCCUACCACUACUACCUCCUCCAGGAACAGGGACGGAUGAGAGAGGGAGAGAGAGCCACUGGAAAUUGCCUCGUGAGGUGAUCCGACAUGCGCACGCUCCUCGGACUGUGAUUCUAGUCCCCUCCGCGCCGGCCGGGCGUGCCGCCACCCGGGUCAGGCGCCCUUGCGCUGCAAGUACGCCUCUCGUCGUCGUCGUCCUCGUCCAAGCCGGCACCGCCGUGUAGUCGGGAUCCGCCCGGGCUUGGUAUUCCUUUUUGUCGGUGCGCUGCUGAACUCCGGUGCUGUACAUGCUUGACGCCGGUGCCUAGUUCCUACAAUGGCCCGAAGGAAUGCCGGCGCAAUGCAGCGGGAGGGGUCGGUUAAGGACUGGUCAGAAUUCGACACCUUGCCGUCCCCCAAGCUAGCGUACUCGCAGUCCUACGUCGCGAUGAGGGGGCUGCUGACGUCGGUGGCCUCCCUGGAUCCUCUCCUGGUGUCGAGCAGCCUCAAGUCCGCUUGGGCGGCUAUAUCGUCACACAGGCACUCUCGGUCCUUGGAGAGGCCGAAGGCCAAGUGGAUGAACUGGAAGAGGGCCAUGUUCCGUCUGCUCGUGUGUUUCUUGGUGGGAAUUUUCAUCGGAUUCACACCGCUCUUCUCCCUUGAUUUAUCCAAGAAGAUUGCUUCUGAAAAUGAGAGGCUUCCGUUCGAUGGGGAUGUGGUUGAUAGACAAAUGCUGGAACUUCGAAGUACAAAGUUGGAGCCGUUUGCGGCGGAGGCCGAAGCGACCGAGGAACUGCAGGUUGAUGAGAGCCCUCCAGUUCCUGCAAUGUUGGAUGAUGAGGCAGACUUUAUUGAAGCCUCGCAUGUCGAUCCUCCUGUUAAUGACUCCGUUAUUGUUGUGAGGAAGCAGCUGAUAAUUGUGACUUCAACUUCUGUUCGACCACAUCAGGCGUAUUACUUGAAUCGUCUGGCUCAUGUGUUGAAAAAUGUACCACCUCCUCUUCUGUGGAUAGUCGCGGAGUGGCCGUAUCAGUCCCGUGAAACAGCAGAGAUCCUGAGGUCUUCUGGGGUUAUGUACAGACACCUUAUCUGCAAUCGGAAUACCACAAACAUAAGGAAGAUUAUUGUCUGCCAAAAGAACAAUGCAAUUUUUCAUACAAAGAAGCACCGUCUAGAUGGAAUAGUGCAUUUUGCUGAUGAGGAGCGAGCAUACUCAGUUGAUUUAUUUGAAGAAAUGCGUAAAAUCAGGCGCUUUGGCACAUGGCCAGUAGCAAUACAUGUUGGGGCCAAGUAUAGAGUGGUUUUAGAAGGGCCCCUUUGUAGGGGUAAUCAAGUCACUGGAUGGCAUGCAAACCAGAGAAGGGGUGUUCCUCGCCGAUUUCCGAUUGGUUUCUCUGGGUUUGCUUUUAACAGCACUAUACUUUGGGAUCCCCAGAGAUGGAAUAGCCCCACUUUAGAAUCUAUUAUACUCCAUUCAGGUGGCAGAGGUGGCUUGCAGGAGUCAAGGUUUAUCGAGAAGCUUGUUGAGGACGAGAGUCAAAUGGAAGGCCUUGCAGAUAAUUGCACUCGGAUUAUGGUCUGGAAUUUUGAUUUGGAACCUCCUCAACUCAAUUACCCAACCGGUUGGUUGCUGCAGAAGAACCUAGAUGCUGUUGUGCCUAUAACAUAACCGUCUUGCUGCUCCCCUUUUUGUUUGGUCCUCCUAGUGUGAAUGACGCCUUCCUGAACUUGGUAGCUCCAGGAUCACGCGAAGCUGCUCUACCAAGAUCUGGUUCAAAUGUCAUACUAGUAACAGUUGAAAGCAAGAAGCCUGACAAAGGAAAAUUCUUUCUCCCUGCUGCAUUCUUUUCUAUGUUCAUUCUUCCCCCCUGUUUGUCAAGCUAGAUAUAGGCUUGUACAUUUCUUUUCGCUUCUGUUCGUUACAUACAUACAUGCAUAUAUUACUUCACAGAUGUGAAAGUCUGCCUCCGUUGCACCUGUUGAAGGGCAAAGACAGAUACUCUCUUGAUACAUGAACAAAAGUUAAAUCAAAAUCAUA